ACUCGAUACCUAUAUCGAUCCCCGUCAUUUAACUUACUGACUUGCAUAUAGUUUCUGUACAUGUGUGUGUGUGUGAGUGCGUAUGAAUAAAUGAAUAUUAUAUGAUAAAUAUAUGCAUAUUUGAUUUGAAACGCAUUGAAAUGAGGCUGCACUUCGUCGUUGGAGCGUAAAAUUGGGAAACAAUAAUAUCUAAUCUACUAUCAUCGCUUACCGCGUUCCGUCCUGCAGCCGAAAGUUUGUCCGCAACCGAUUCUCCAGCCCGAAGCCGGACGACUUCGACGAUCAAUUUCCUCAUCGGUCGGAAUCAACUCGUAUCGAGCUUCGAAUCGGCGCCGUUCGUCGCUGCGGCACAUGAGAAGCUAGGCUUCAGUGUUUUCGCAUGCCGCGUCUGCCACGGAUUUACGUUCGUUGUAUAUUUUUUCGAGUUCACUCUACUCCACCUGUGAUCGAAGUGCUUCAGUGCGUUGGAAAAAAUGUGACAGCACGCGACACGAAACACCGUAACGUGUCGCAUCGUUAACGAGACUGGGACGAUAAUUGGUCGCGCUGGCUAACCUGAUCUAACCUCACUGCGGUGGUGUAUCAUCAGCCAAAUGUUAAUGUACAGUUUAUUACACAGUAUAUUUUUUCCUAGCAGUUUUUACGGUACGUACGUUGCGCUCUUCAAUGCAAUUUGCGAAUCGUGAAUUGCCGAGGCGAAAAUUCGCAAACUUUCUCGCUCUGCCGCAGGCCACGUAAAAUAUUUGCUUUCUACUGUAAAUACAUAACGACGGCCGUUGCCCGGGAUCACGAUAGCGUGAUUUUAAUUACGAGAUCACCACGUUGACUACGUUGUGUAUCGUGAGAGAUGAGCGAGACAGCGCCGACGAAUGAUGUACCGGAGAGCAACGGCACGGUUGAGCAGCCUGCUUACAACGGGGAGACGGAGGAACACAUUAACAAAUCUCCAGUGAGCCUAGUAGAGGACAAGAUACCGGACUCGGUAUGCGACAAUAGUCCGAAGAAGAAUACCAGCAGCAACAACAGUAGCACAACAAAUAGAGCAAAGAAACGGAAGAAGACUCUAAGAGACGCCACUGCCCCAAAACAACCACUUACGGGUUAUUUCCGGUUUUUGAAUGACCGGCGGGAGAAGGUCCGAAACGAGAAUCCGAAUCUUUCAUUCACAGAGAUCACGAAGCUCCUGGCUUCGGAAUGGAGCACGUUGCCACCUGAUCAGAAGCAGCAAUACCUAGACGCAGCCGAGCAGGACAAGGAACGCUACAACCGUGAAAUUAGCGACUAUAAGCAAACGGAAGCGUACCGUCUGUUCAAUGAGAAACAAACGGAGAAGCAAAACGAGAGUAAAAAAGAGAGGAACGGGACUGGCGUAAAUGCCGAGCAGAACGACGUGCAGCAAGAGAAGGACAAUGAUUUCACGGGCUUCGACAUCCCUAUUUUUACAGAAGAAUUCCUGGAUCACAAUAAAGCCUGCGAAGCCGAAUUGAGACAGCUACGGAAAGUCACGUCCGACUACGAGAGCCACAACGCGGUCCUCCAGCUGCACGUCGACACUCUGCACACCGCUGUGAACGAGCUGGAAUCCGAGAUUUACCAGCAACGAACGACCAAUCAGGCUCUACAGCGUCACUUGGACACUCUUCGUUCGCAACUGGCCACCUGCUUCGCCAACAUACCGCUACCAGAGACGCACAACGGUGCUACGUUACAAAAUAUCGACGGUUACUUCGAGAGGCUGGAAUCCCUGUUGAACGGUAAUGCCGAGCAGAGUCUACGUAACGCUGUACGCAAUGCUAUAUCUCGUCUCGAGUUAAUUGGAUGACGAUCGCCUCCUAGCAGUACGACUAGUACGACGUCGUUGAAACAUCAUCGCUCGAGGCAUCCAUAUCGAAAGUAGCGAGGAACGUAAAGGUGUGUGUGUUGUGUGUGUACGCGUGCGUGUGUGUGUGUAUGUACACGAGAUAGCGAACGUGUUGGUUUUUGACAGUUCAUCAUGAGUCUACUUUCUUAUCUUAUAUUGAAUGAUCGCCAGUUAUAUAAGUGGACAUAUACAUAUAUAUAUGUAUAUAUAUAUGUGUAUGUAUUGCAGCUGAUUAUUAUUUUUGUAGCAAUUCUAUGGCGUACGCGCGACAAUAAUUUAAAUCUCAUUUUAUAUAUCUAUAUUUCCGCGAUCGAGGAAUGUUUUACGGAUAAUAUAUAUAUAUAUAUUACAUAUAUAUAUUACACGUAUAUACGUAUAAUUUAAUGUUAUCUUUCGCUGCUAUUUGUAUAUUUUAGCUCGAUAAUUAGGCGAAUAUGUACGGUUUUCGGUACACGAACAUAGGGUACACGCCCGUUGAAAUCAGAUCAGCAUUUUGAAUUUACCGGUCGUCAGUCCGAGAACUUCUAGGAAGAAAUCCGGAUCGUCAUUAUUGAGGACACAUAUUUAGCGCUUAUUAAUAAAUUUUGUAACCUUAUCACAA